AUGGACGAGGGAUUCUCCCGAGCCGUGCCGCACGUGACCCCCGUCCUGGCAGCCCUGUUCGGGGUCAUCGGGGUCCUCGUGUGCAUCUCGCUCUCGACGUUCCUCGCCCUUCGGUUCUGCAGGAGAAGGGGGGGCGGGGCCGGGGCGGGGUCGGGGCUCGCCUCCGCGCGGGGCGGGGAGAGCAAGACGCCGCUGCAGGGGAGUUGCACGCCGGGACACGACGAAGGUUCCAGCCCUGACGUUGUCCCUCUCAGACCCGGUGCUUCUCCGAACGCGGUGGUGAAGACGUACAAAUUCCCCCAGUGCAACACCAUCCACGGCACGGUCCCCAGGAGGAGGAGCGCGGCGAUGACGUCGGUGUCCUUCGAUGACGUCAUCACGGCUCACCCGCCGCCCUCCGUCCUUCAACCCACGGUAAAAGGGCAAUCUUGCACGUCUGAGAGGCAUCCGGUGCGAUGUGCCAUCGGUUUCGCGGGGGCGUCGCGUCUUCGUUGCUCUCGCGAAUGUCGCGAUGAGGACCUUGCGGACGGACUCGCUCUCGUGGCGUUUGAAAAUGUUGCAGAUGCGACUGUUGAUUGUGAAAAAAAAAUCUGUAGUCGUUCUGGCUCCCUCGUUUUCGGCGGGAAAGUUUUCCAUUACGGAAGUCUCGCUAUCGAUCGUGUGGCCGGAGCAUUAACGCUACGAAUUUCAUCGACGUCAGAGAUUCCGUAG